CAAGGCUGCUGUUGACAUAUUCUGAGUUUAUGUUGAAUUAAAUGUCGGAAUUUCACAAUUUCUGCUUGUGAAAAUAUCUGAAAAGAUUUUAUGAACUCCAAAAUAGUAAAGAUAGUCUUUUAACUGAAAUGGCUGCUUCACGUUCAAACAGCAUGGACCCAAAGCUGCACAUAGAAAUCGUUGGCUUGAUUAAAGAACCACAUUUUCAUGUUGCCAAGAGCAUCGUAGCAGAACUAAUAGAGACGUUUCCUCGUGAGUUUAUGGAGCCAAAAAUUCGCCCGCUACUUGAAUUUGACUGGCAUGCUUAUCUGUGCAACCAGAAGAGGGCGAUGCGUGGUGAAGUAUGGGAGUUCUCCAGCGGUGUCAUGUGCUUUCUGGAUGGGCAUUUCAUCGGGGAUGAGGGCGCUCUCGCCACUUGGGCCGAGAACCAGUGGGGAUUCACGUGUGUAGAGCCACAGGCACCCUGUGUGGACGAAUACUACCUGAAACACCUCCAGUCAACUGGGCAUAGGUUUGUCUUCAUGGACAUCGAGAUUGGAGGGGAGGCAGUAGGGAGGUUGUUGUUUGAGCUCUUCUCAGAUGUAUGCCCAAAGACAUCAUGGAACUUUGAGGCCCUCUGCACAGGAGAGCGAGGCCUUUCAACCAGCGGCUACCCACUCUGCUACAAGGGAACCCUGUUUCAUCGCGUGGUGCCCAAUGGCUGGGUGCAAGGCGGAGAUAUUUCCCCAGAAAGAAGAGGAAAUGGAGGGGAGUCCAUCUAUGGACCAACCUUUGAAGAUGAGAGCUUCGCUGUCUCCCAUACAAAGCGGGGAACUCUUGGAAUGGCCAAUAAGGGCCCCCACAGCAAUGGCUCCCAGUUUUACAUCACCCUGCAGGCCACACAUUGGAUGGACAGGACUUAUGUUCCUUUUGGUCAAGUGGUUGAGGGUGUGGACGUGCUCAAGAGAAUAGAAGAGAUCCCGACUGUCAAUCAAAGACCCAAGCAUGAAUGUACAGUGGUAAACUGUGGUGUAUUUAAGGUAUAGCUUCCGUUAUAUUAAAAAAAAUGAA